AUGAUCAGCGCUGAUUUGACCGAGCAGAAUACUGGUGCGGAUAUGAGGGUCGCAACUGUUCCUGACUCCAUUAUCUCAAACCAAAUGGAUCUCCCACUGCAAUCUAGUAAUCCCCGGGCGACCGAAUCAGAGGAUCAUUCGUCGCAAGCCGACAAAUCCAACCUGAACACAAUCCCUAGGGCUGCGGUGGAAGAGUGGUACAAGGAAAACAGACUCUCCGUCUAUCAGUUUGCGACGUUGAAGACUGAGGCGGAUAAUAUUAGGCAAAUCCGCAGCUAUGACUGGCGCGAAAUGUUAGAUAAAAUCUCUUCGACUCUUUCGGAAGAGAUGCACAAAUUAGAGCAGAAGGAAAGUUCUCCCACGUACAUUAGCAUUCCAAAAGCCCGUUAUCUUCCUUGGGGCAAAGCGGCCAAGGUACGCGGCCAUCCGUCUAAGCAAUAUCUCCUGGAAAUUCCGUACAAUGAGCCCUCAGCAAGCGAUAUUCAACUAAUGGCCAGCAACUACUGGGAUGGUAUACCCCAUACGGAGGAAGAUACCGACGACGGUCUUCCGCUCACUGCAUUGCCAGAGCGCAUCUGCAUCAACCCCGGGGGGCUCUCCAGAUUUCUUAAUGUUCACCUUUGUAAUAAGGAACGGAACGUCCAUGACAACACUGGUCUAAUGAUUCUACGACCAUUCAAAUUGCUGGUUUAUCUUGACAAAGCUAUUCGGAGUCAGAUGAAGGAAUUGGAGUUUUAUCGAAGGCAACAGGAGGAUUUGCCCGAAAAAGCGUACAUCGAAGCCUUGAAAACGUCCCCAGUUGAUCAAAUGGUCCUUCAGAUAAAGGCUGCAGAACGUGUCGCGCUCUUGGAUGUUCCUGAACUGACAGACUUGCUGCUGAAUUUUCGAUGCCUAACGCAAUGGAUGGACGAGACCCUUCAUCCUUUCCAAGCACAGCUGGCUGCUAUUCCAGAAAUGGUACGAUUCGUCGACCUCUGGUUCCUCUUCUCUCAAGGCUCGCUGGUAUACAUCAAAGGCAGCUUUGCUCCCCAAAAGAUAUGGAAGGUGGUACAACGAACCGGUGGCCGCCGCUACAUGGGAAUAUCGGAGCGCGUAAAGGAGCAAGGUAUUGGCACAUGGGCCCCUCUUGUUCUGGACUGCUUCUACUUGGACUUUGAUGGCAGCCAAUUUCUCCCGAUAUUCCGUCAAUUCAAGAUUAGUGGGUUUGAUGGCACCCAAGCCGUCAGAUACCUCCCCAUUCUCCCGCUUUCUAUCGCUCAACAAGAAGGGCUCACGGACAAACAGUACCUGAUGACCCGAGGGAGGCAAUUCGUCGGUUGCACACGAGAAGCCCUUCACAUGGAUUACAGUGGUCGGUGUCACUACUUGACUCCCACGGGACAGAAGUUGACAGAUCUGGUCGACGAGAUCCCUCGAAGCGCCUCCUGCUACUCAGAACAGAUCGACAGCGAUGUUAUCGUAGACUUUGCGCGUGCCUUUGACGAGAUCCCGUCGUGGCGCCCGACGACCGGCAAUCACGAAUUCGGAAAAACGGACCAGGCCGAGCUCGGAUUGGUGACAGGAAUUGAUAAUGACGGGGUAUGGGAUAAGCGGCUCACGGAUGAUUUCAUGGAGGCUCAGACACGGAUGUGGGAAUCCUGGGCCAGACAUGGGGGCGGGCCAUCGGGGGAGGAUCUGUUGAUAUUGCCUGACCGGGUCUUUGCCUUUGUGCUGUCUACCAGGCGAUGGGCUUGUCUCCGAAUUGGGCGAGGACCAAAUGAGGUGGAGCAGCUGCGCCAAAGGGAAACCGCAGGGAAUCCAUGGCUCAAGCUACGGCUUCCAAACGGGCACGAAGAACUCAUCCAAUCUUUAAUCCACUCGCACUUUGCCCGACAAAAGUCUAGGGGUGUUCACUUCGACUUGAUGAGGAACAAGGGAAAUGGGGUGACUAUUCUCUUGCACGGAGUUCCCGGAGUUGGGAAAACAUCUACGGCCGAAUGUGUUGCCAUAAGCAGUGGUAGACCUCUGCUGCCUGUUACAUGUGGGGACCUUGGGCUCACCGCUGGUGAAGUGGAAGAAAAGCUCAAAGAAAUCCUCCGUCUCGCUCAGGAUUGGGGUUGUAUCAUGCUCCUUGAUGAAGCCGAUGUGUUCUUGGCUCAACGCCGGGCCUAUGACAUUGAAAGAAACGCCCUUGUCUCUGUUUUCCUCCGUACGUUGGAAUACUACGAGGGGGUAUUAUUCCUCACCACCAACCGAGUGGGAGUCUUUGAUGAAGCCUUCAAAUCUCGCAUUCACAUGUCUCUCUACUACCCGCCCUUAAACUGGCAACAAACCUACGAGAUCUGGUCUGGUCACAUUGACGAAGCGGGCCGUGCGGGAAUUGUCGUCAACAAAGGCGAGUUAACCAGCUUUGCCAAUCGGAUUUUCAAUGCUCAACUGCGUCCGGGGUCGGGUCCUGUUUGGAACGGCCGGCAGAUUCGCAAUGCCUUCCAGAGUGCCCUUGCCCUGGCCUCAUACAACACUCAAGGGGGAUCUAAAAUCGAGCUCAGCACGACCUAUUUUCAUAAGGUCUUCACGGUGUCGGACAACUUUAGUAGAUAUAUCUGGACUACUCAGAAUAUGCAAGACGACGCGGAUCGUAACCGAGACGCCAUGAUCCGGCGAGACGAUUUUAAUUCCAACCCAUCAGAAGGGCUCUACUCGCAGCCUCCUCAGCAAGGCACCACCUUUCAGCCAGCAUACCCCCAAGGAGGUAUCCUUCAAUCGGCAUCUUCACCAUUCGGGAACCAGAGCACUCAGCAAAUGGGAGGCCUGGGCGGUGGUCAGACCUAUAUGGGAAACGCUCAGAACUUCCAAGCCAGUAUGCAGCCCAUGCCAAACCCACUGGGUCAGCAACUCGGUCAGCCAUUCCAACAGCAGCAACAGCUAAGCUCACAAUCGACCCUGCAACCACAAUUUCAUAUGCUCAGCAACAGCAGUAACAAUAGUAGCUAUGGCUUGCAACAGUUGCAGCAGCAGCAACCUCAACAACAACAGCAGCAUCCAAGUCCACAGUUGGCCCUGCAACCCCAAACCCAUGUGCCAAACAACAACACCAACAGCGACAACCUUACCUUGCAGCAAUUGCAACAGCAGCAGCAGCAACCGCAGCAAGCUCAAUUCCUCUCGCAACCUGGUACCAUGGCAUCACUCACGCAAACUACAACAUCGCAAGCCGCAUUGCCGACAUUCGGACAGCCCUUUGACCAUUCGUAGCCAGGUUGUGUCUCGCCUGCUGUUACAAGCCUAGCUACUUUCUUACCAUAUGGAAUGAUGUCCCUAUUUGAAGGAAACCAGUGGCAGGUACUAUUAUUGACAAGCAUAUAGAUGAU